AGUUAGAGCUCUCUGCUCGUCGCGCGUACGUACAGAGGCAGCGAAGAAGAGGGCAGGCCAGGCGGCGGCGGUGAUCUGAGGCCAACCAGAAGCGAGCUCUGCAUAUGCGCCCGGCACAUGGCGGCUUCCUCGCUGUGGGACGAGCUGGUGGUGGCGGCGUCGACGGGGGGGAGCAGCGGCACCGUGGUGUCCAUCUGCGUGUUCACGGCGGUGCUCUGCCUCUGCCUCGUCGCCGGCCACCUCCUCGAGGAGAACAAAUGGGUCAACGAGUCCAUCACCGCGCUCAUCAUCGGGUGCAUUGUUGGGGCUCUCAUCUUUCUGCUGAGCAAAGGUAGGAACUCGCACAUCCUGAGGUUCGACGAGCAGCUCUUCUUCAUCUACGUUCUUCCUCCGAUAAUCUUCAACGCCGGGUUCCAGGUCAAGAAGAAGCAGUUCUUCCAUAACUUCCUCACCAUCAUGUCCUUUGGGGUAUUCGGGGUUUUCAUCUCGGUCGCAAUAGUUUCCGCAGGUUUCUACUGGCUCCUUCCAAAAGUUGGUUUUGGCAAACUUGACGCGGUGGAUUAUCUAGCACUGGGAGUCAUAUUCUCUUCGACAGAUACUGUGUGCACGCUGCAGGUCAUAAGCCAAGAUGAGACACCGAGGUUGUACAGCUUGGUCUUCGGAGAAGGAGUUGUCAAUGAUGCAACGUCUGUGGUCCUAUUCAAUGCUAUAAAGAAUAUGGAUAUCACUAAGAUCAAAAGCGGGGCGGUGCUAAAAGUUAUCGGAGAUUUCCUCUAUCUUUUUGCAACUAGUACUAUCCUUGGCGCCACAAUCGGACUGUUCACUGCUUAUGUUCUCAAAGCACUGUAUUUUGGCAGGCACUCGACUGACCGGGAGGUCGCUUUAAUGGCUCUCAUGGCUUAUUUAUCGUAUAUGUUAGCAGAGUUGUUAAGUCUGAGUGGGAUUUUGACUGUUUUCUUCUGCGGCAUCGUCAUGUCCCACUAUGCAUGGCAUAAUGUAACAGAGAGCUCCCGAAUCACGACAAGGCACAUAUUUGCGACACUAUCAUUCAUCGCUGAGACCUUUAUCUUUCUUUAUGUUGGAAUGGAUGCCCUUGACAUGGAUAAAUGGAAGACAACACAGGCAAGCUUCAAGACCUCAAUUGGUAUUUUUGGUGUCAUCAUUUCACUCAUUUUGCUGGGACGGGCCGCGUUUGUUUUCCCUCUUUCGAUCCUUUCAAAUUUUAUGAGUGGGAAUUCUGAAAAAGCACCAAUCACAUUCAAGCACCAGGUCGUGAUUUGGUGGGCCGGGCUCAUGAGAGGCGCUGUUUCAAUCGCGCUAGCAUACAAUCAGUUCACAUUUUCAGGUGUAACACAGGAUCCAGUCCAUGCAACCAUCAUCACCAGUACAAUUGUCGUAGUAUUUUUCACAACCCUGGUGUUUGGCUUCUUGACGAGGCCGAUGAUAAGCGCCAUGCUCCCGCAGCAUCGGCACCGGGAGCCGGCGGGAGGCCGCAGCACGGGAAGCAACUCGCCGAAGGACGAGUUCAUCCUGCCGUUCCUCGGCGACGAAGACGCGUCGGGGAGUGGAAGCGGCUUCGUCCAAGCCAAGAGAAGCAUAUCAAUGAUGUUGGAGAGACCCAUCCACACGGUGCACAUCUACUGGAGGAAGUUCGACGACAGGUUCAUGAGACCAAUCUUCGGUGGACCACGAUCUUACUGACUGGCUUACUGAGUGGAAUAAUUGGCGCGUGGAGACCAGAGUGCUUAUAAUCGAGGUCGGCGACGUAAUUCUGUGCAAGAGAAGAGGUGGAAUAAUUGGUGCUGGACUGGAGUAUAAAUGUAUAAUCGAGUUCAGCGACGGUAAUUCAGUGUAGCAAUAUCUCUGAAUUUUGUAUCUUUGUUAGUUACUACCUUACUACUACCAGUGUAAAGUUUGUAACAUGAACAGUGUCGAGCAAAUUCAGUUUGCUCUUUAUUUAGUGUAUUUGCAGUAUUACAAA